AUGUGUAAACGUCCUUGUUUUGGAAAAUUACUGAAUUAUGAUAAUUGGUACACACCAAAAAAGGUCAAGGAAAAAAGCGAAAAAGAGGAGAUAUCAUCAACUGCACAAAAACCAUCAUCCGUUAAAUUUUGGUGUUCAUUUCUUAACAAUGUAAAAUCUUAUCAAAUUGACACUAAUAUUAAACAAUAUGCAAGCCCAUACUUUAAAGAAUAUGAUAAGAUUUAUGAUAUAUCAAAAGAAGAUGUGAGAGGAGAGUUAAAAAAUAACAUAUUAGAUAAUCUCCAUAUCCUCACAUCUUCUCGAAAUCCAGUGAAUGUAUUUAAAAGGAUCUCAAAAGAGGAUAGAUAG